CCAGGUGAAGGGAGCAUUGUUCUUCGUUGGAAAUCUGCUCAUCUGGUAAAUUAAAGAGCAGCACGCGGUACUGGACAAAAAUCCAAUAAUGGGCUUCAAAAGUGUUCCGCUUUAGAUCGAUAGAAGGCGGAUACAUCCGGUGACUAAUGGAACCCUUCUGCUGCUUGAGAUAUCGUUCUCUGUGAUGCUGACCAUUGAUGAUAGAGGAGCUGGAUCUAGCUAAUCGGGUGCUGCCGUGGUUGCAACUUCCAACAUGACCAAUCCUCAGCCUCCUCUAGAUGGUGGAGUUUCAGAAGUUGAAAUAAUUUCUCAACAAAUAGAAGAAGAGACCAAAAGCAUAGCCCCCGUACAGCUUGUUAAUUUUGCUUAUCGGGAUUUACCGCUCGCUGCGCUAGAUCUCUCUGUAGCAGGUUCUCAGCUCUUGUCAAAUUUGGACGAGGAGUACCAAAGAGAAGGAUCUAACUGGCUUAAACCUUGCUGUGGGAGACGAGCAGCUGUGUGGCAGGUAUUUUUGCUCAGUGCGAGUCUCAACAGUUUCCUGGUAGCCUGUGUAGUAUUGGUGGUGAUUCUUCUGACGCUGGAGCUCCUGAUAGAUAUAAAGCUCCUCCAGUUUUCGAGUGCAUCUCAGUUUGCUGGAGUUAUUCACUGGAUCAGUCUAGUUAUUCUCUCUGUGUUCUUUUCAGAGACUGUUUUGAGAAUUGUGGUUCUCGGUAUAUGGGACUAUAUUGAAAACAAAAUAGAGGUCUUUGAUGGUGCUGUGAUCAUCUUAUCUUUGGCUCCUAUGGUGGCUUCUACCGUGGCUAACGGCCCAAGCAGCCCAUGGGAUGCUAUCAGCCUUAUCAUCACUCUGAGAAUUUGGAGAGUCAAGAGAAUCAUUGACGCUUACGUACUGCCAGUCAAAGUAGAAAUGGAAAUGGUGAUUCAGCAAUACGAGAAGGCGAAAGUCAUCCAAGACGAACAGCUGGAAAGACUAACUCAGAUCUGCCAAGAACAAGGGUUUGAAAUCAGGCAGCUGAGAGCUCAUCUGGCUCAGCAAGAUCUGGACCUGGCAGCAGAGAGGGAAGCCGCGUUGCAAGUCCCUCACAUGCUAAACAAACAGAGCAGCAACAGGUACAAAGUGGUGGCUGCAGCGGGGGAUUCCGACGACGAAACGACCGAGAACAUCACUGAAUUGCGACCGCCUCGAGAGGCUGUGGUCAAAGAUGACAUGAACAACUACAUCAGUCAAUACUACAACGAACCCAGCAGUGACAGCGGCGUUCCUGAAGCAGCUGUCUGCAUGAUAACCACUGCAGCCAUUGAUGUACACCAGCCCAACAUCUCCUCGGACCUCUUCACGGUGGAAAUGCCGAUGAAGAUGGUGGGAACGAAUGGGACUUCCACCAGCGUCACCUCCGGCAGUGCCUCCAGGUCCACGGACAGCUCUGUCACAAGAGCCCAGAGUGACAGCAGCCAAACGUUUGGCUCAUCCACCGAUUGCAGUACCACCCGGGAGGAGUCCUCCGAGUACUGCCCCUUGGAGAGGGCCCGCAACGAAGCCAAACGCAACCAGGUGGAUUCUUCUGCCCACCGAGUUAACAACACUGUGGUGCAGGAACUGCUUUCGUCUUUGUCUGAAGAUUCUUGCUUGACGCAAAAAGGACUGGUGGACCCUGUCAACCUCAAACUGCCCAGUCCAGCAGGGUCCACCAAAGCUAGCCCGGAACUGGAGCACCGCAUGAAUAUAUACAACAAGAAGAAUCAAGAAAGCUUUGGUGUUUUUCAGAUAAAGCCAGUGAUUCACUUCCAACAAAACGCGCCAGUCAUUGAGGACAAAUACACGUCUUUGGAAUCCAAAGAGCAAAAGUUAAACAGGGUCCCAGAUUCCUAGUCCCUUUGCCACAAGGGUGGACGGGGGGGAGGGCUUAACCAUAAAGGAGAUGCUUCUCAAGGGGGACAUCCCAAAGCUUUAAAAGGGGUCCUCUGAACCAUCCCUGGGUGGGUAUUUUGCGCAGAUUGGAACGAGUUGAAUAAUCAUUUUUUUUAAUAAAAAAUGCAUGAGUUGUGAGAGCCAGCACGAAAAACAAACUUGACGUCUCUACCAUCAGAAGUCCAUCAAAGGUGGGUGGGGAACCACUCUGUUAAAACAAUGACCUCAAAGAUGUAUAGAUUCUUAACAUGUUUUUUUAAACAAAAGUAUUCACACAAUCCCACAAUUUUUAUGGAAUUCUGGACAAUCUUCUAUCAGGUGAGGUUUCAGCAGGGUAUGGUACAAGCAGAUACAAACUUCUCUCCUUCUACAAUUUCUUACGGUUUUCCUUUGUACAUGACGGAUAUAAAAUCCCUUUGUAUAAAUAUGGUAAUUAUUUUUGUUCUUCCAAAGGAGGAAAAAAAACCACUUUUUCAAGGAGCACUUUGAAUGACGCAGAUCAAAGAAAUAAAAAGUGUGAUCUCUUUUUAUUUUUGGCAUGGACUUUGAGGAAAAAAAUAUUUUGACAAAAAAAGUUGUCGCAUCUGAGACAACAGAGUGAAAUGGACGU